AUGAAUCUGCCUCGCCAUCUCCGUAAACUGACCCUUCAACACAACAACAUCAGUCACAUCACUGCCUUCACCUUCCGGCACAUGCGAUCCAGUCUACAGUCCCUCCGUCUAUCUCACAACGCCUUGACCAAUGAGGGUAUGGAACGAGUCUCUUUUGUGGGAACGUACCGCUCACUUGGCGAGCUUCUGUUGGACCACAAUCGUUUGGGGGAGGUCCCUCGCUGCGUUCGCCAGUUUAAGAACCUGCAGGUGCUGAGACUGGACAACAACCAGAUCAGGAUGGUGAGGCAGUGGGGAGUGUGCCACCCUCGUAAUACUGGCUCCACCUUGGCUUCGAUCCACCUGGAAAAUAAUCUGCUGGAGGUGGAGAGGAUUCCCCCAAAUGCCUUCUUCUGUCUCACUGAUCCUAAAGGUCUGGUCCUCUAUCCACAACAGGGGCACACAUAUGACAUGUAGAC